CAUUAAAGUGAUAACUUGAAUCGCAAAAAUGUCAGGAAUAGUGCACAAGAUAGAGGAGAAACUCCACAUGGGGGGAGACCCCAAGGACGACGAUAAGAGGAAAGAGAAGGGCGAGGGACACAAGGAUAACAUGAAGGAGAAGGGGGAGGGGCAUAGGGAGAGGAUCAAAGAGAAGCUACAUGGCGAAGAUCAUGAUCACAAGGAUGGAGAGGAGAAGAAGAAGAAGAAGAAGAAGGACAAGAAGGAGAAGAAGCAUGGCGAUGACAGCAGCAGUAGCAGCACCGGUAGCGACAGUGACUAGAUCUUAUCCCACCCAAGGACUCAUAUCCAUCUAUAUAUCCAUCCUUUCGCUCCUGGGUAUAUUUUGGGUUUUUGAUUCCUUAAUUCAUUCAUUUAGUAUUCCGUAUGUUACUAAGAAUGAAAUUUAAUAAAGAAAUGAACACUAUAGGCACAUACUAAUAAUAUUAUUUGAACUUGUGAUUUGAAAUAUGACAUGAUAUUUUUAUAUAUGAUCAUAAUAACAUGUCAUUGAGGAUACAAUGAAAACUCUAAUAUUGAAUACUAUCAAAUUUGAA